AUGAUAUAUUUCAUCCUAAUUGUUGGAAGUAUUUAUGGUGUCUUUGGACAACAAAAUCCUGAAGCAAAUAUGAAUAUUAGCCAAAUAAUUUCCUACUGGGGCUACCCUGAUGAAGAGUAUAAUAUUGUAACUGAAGAUGGCUAUGUCCUUGGUCUUUAUAGAAUUCCUUAUGGGAAGAUCAACAGUAGUAGUUCAGCAAGAAGGCUUGUUGUGUACUUGCAACAUGGUUUGCUUACAUCUGCCACCACCUGGGUUUCCAACCUUCCCAACAACAGCCUAGGCUUCAUCCUGGCAGACGCUGGUUAUGAUGUGUGGAUGGGGAACAGCAGGGGAAGCACCUGGUCCAGGAAACACGUACACCUAAAAGCAGAUUCUCAAGAAUUCUGGGCUUUCAGUUUUGAUGAGAUGGCUAAAUAUGACCUUCCAGCUUCAAUUGAUUUCAUUGUGAAGCAAACAGGACAAAAAGAAAUAUUUUAUAUAGGGCAUUCACAGGGUACUACUAUUGCUUUCAUAGCAUUUUCUACAAUACCAAAGAUAGCUGAAAAAAUUAAAGUAUUUUUUGCUUUAGCACCAGUGUAUUCUGUUAAACACACAAAAUGCCCUUUAAUUAAAAUGGCAUACAAACUGAAGUCAAUAAUCAAGGCUUUUUCUGGCAAUAAAGACUUCCUACCUAAAACUUCAUUUAACAAUUUUAUUGGUUCAAAAUUCUGUUCAUUACAUAGUUUUGAUAAAAUUUGCCUCCACGCUUUGUUUAUGAUGUUUGGAUAUGACCGAGAGAACUUAAAUAUGAGUCGUUUGGAUAUAUAUUUUUCACAUAAUCCAUCAGGAACAUCUGUUCAAAAUAUGGUCCACUGGAGUCAGCUUCUAGACUCUACUGACUUGAAAGCUUUUGACUGGGGCAGUCCUCAACUUAACCUGGUUCAUUUUAAUCAGACAACUUCUCCAGUGUACAACAUAGCAAAUAUGAAUGUGCCGACUGCAACUUGGAAUGGUGAAAGGGAUUUGUUGGCUGAUCCUGAAGAUGUUAAAAUUUUGCAAUCUAAAAUCACCAAUCUCAUUUACCAUAAGACUAUUUCCUACUACAAUCAUAUAGACUUUUUGUUUGGAUUAGAUGUCUAUCAUCAAGUUUAUCAUGAAAUAAUUGAUAUUAUUCAAGACAAUUUAUAA